AUGGGCCUCGUCGAUUAUUCCGACUCGGAAUCAGAACCCGAACUUGACGCGCCGACCAAGCCCGUCACCAAGGCUCCUCCCAAGAAACCUGCGUUCCAAAAAGUCGUCGACAGAUCAAACCCGGGCAAAAUCACCAUCAACCUCCCCCAAGUCGCCUCUUCUCACGACGACGGCGCAUCAAAUGGCGAUGGGCCGCCGGCGAAGCGCGCGCGCACAGGCGGGAGCGGUCUCUUUUCCGGCUUCAACUCGUUUCUCCCGCCGCCAAAGAACACGGGCAAGGCGACGCUGAGCAAACCCUCCGGCAGCCUGGCCCGUCCCGGCAUCAAUCUCAAGACCAGCGCGGAAAAGGGCUUCAGCCGCGAAGAAGAUACCUCGAGCGCCUCCAACGGUGCAGAUAACGCUGCGCCUGGAGGGUUGAGCUUGCCCCCGCCGAAGCGGGCAGCCGAGCCUUCAAUACCGGACACGAUGAAACCUGCUGAAGAGGUCAAGCUUGUGGGGAAGCCAUUGAUGUUUAGGCCCCUCUCGGUUGCUCGGAACACGAAGAAGAAGACAACUAAGAGCACGGCGACUGUAGCUUCCGCAGUAUCAACAUCAAAGUCACCAGCCGCGACACCAGCGACGACGUCGGCGACAGGGACAGAACCUGAGUCAGCUGCAGCUCCAGCGCCGCCCCCGAAAAAGACAUCGCUCUUCUCGUUGCACGUGGAAGAACCAUCUGAACCAGUGUCGACCGAAGGAAGGGGUACAUACGAACCGCUCUUUGAGACGGGAGAAGCGACGGAUCCAUGGGGUGCCAAUGGCCUGGACGAGUAUUCGCAGCAUGUGAACAGCGGUCAGAUGCCCGCCACCGUAGCGACAGGGACCUCAUCGAAUACGACAGAGUCACUGGAUAGCGUCGCCGAUGAUUUGAAUCUCUCCGCCGCAGCGAGGCGAGAGUUGUUUGGACGGGGAGGCAGUGGACAGACGGCGAAGAAGCUCAUCAACUUCAACAUGGAUCAGGAAUACCAACACAACGAAGAGCUCAGGGCUGCCGGCGACCAGCAAAUCCACAACCCCGUCCGUGCCAUACAUGGCGGCAAGCACAGCCUCCGACAGCUGGUCCAGAAUGUUUCCAACCAACGGGAGGCCUUGGAGGAGAGCUUUGCCAAAGGCAGAAGCAACCGACGAGAAGCCUCCAGCCGCUACGGCUGGUAG